AUGAAGUUCGGAAGCAGUUUUUGCACCCUGAAUGUUGGCGGUCGCAGGUUUCCCUUCUCGGUGGAGCUGAUGAAGCACCUCCCACUGAGCAGACUCAGCCGCCUGUAUCGAUGUGUGUCAGAGAGCGAGUUGCUAGAGCUGUGUGAUGACUACGACCGUGACAGAAACGAGUUUUUUUUCGACAGGCACUCUGAGGCCUUCAGCUUCAUCAUGCUGUACCUGCAGCAUGGCAAGUUGCGCUUUGUCCCACACAUGUGUGAACUGUCGUUCUAUAACGAGAUGCUCUACUGGGGCCUCGAGAGCGCCGACCUGCAACUGUGCUGCCAGCGGCGGCUGGAUGAACGUCUGUCUGACUGCUUUGUCCACUUCUUCCCGGAAGAGGAGCCACAAGACCCUGAGGAACCGCCAGACCAUUGGCUGGAGAAGAUGAGGAGGACGUUUGAGGAGCCCACAUCCUCGGUGGCGGCACAAAUCCUGGCCUCUGUGUCUGUGCUGUUUGUUCUUAUCUCUAUGGUGAUGUUGUGUGCCAGCACCUUGCCAGAGUGGAAAGCCGAGACACUGGAUGAACACAGGAUCAUUGAGGCGGUAUGCAUUGGUUGGUUCACCGCCGAGUGCAUUGUCCGCUUCAUCGUGUCUCGAGACAAAUGUGAGUUUGUGCGGCGUCCUCUGAACAUCAUUGACCUGCUGGCUAUCACUCCUUAUUACAUCUCGGUUACCGCGACGGUGCUGACGGGAGAGAACUCUCAGCUGCAGCGAGCUGGCGUGACGCUGCGGGUGCUGCGCAUCAUGAGAAUCUUCUGGGUGAUCAAGCUGGCACGCCACUUCCUGGGCCUGCAAACCCUCGGCCUGACGCUGAGACGAUGUUAUCGCGAGAUGGUCAUGCUUCUGGUGUUCAUCUUUGUUGCCAUGGCCAUCUUUAGUGCGCUGGCCCAGCUUUUAGAAGGAGGUAACCAAGACUAUACUAGCAUCCCUGCUGCCAGCUGGUGGGUCAUCAUCUCCAUGACUACAGUAGGCUAUGGAGACAUGUACCCAGUGACUAUGGCAGGUCGCAUACUGGGCGGUGUCUGUGUCGUGAGUGGAAUUGUGCUUCUCGCCCUGCCGAUCACCUUCAUUUACCACAGCUUUGUGCAGUGCUACCAUGAGCUGAAGGUGCGUUCGGCACGCUGCAUCCGCAGUUCGUCGACUGAUUUCAUUGACUGA